UGAGGCAGGAGAAUCGUUUGACCCCGGGAGGCAGAGGUUGCAGUGAGCCAAGAUCGUGCCACUGCACUCCAGCCUGGGCAACAAGAACGGAACUCUAUCUCAAAAAAGAAAGAAAGAAACUUCAGCUCGCACUUAAAGUUCAGUUGUACUCUGUUAUUGUCAAGUAAAGUCUAUUGAAGCCCAGUCAUCUCCUGUAUGUUUUGUGACUUAUCAUAAUUAUCUGAUCAAGAGUCUUGAAGAAACAUUUACAAUUUGAUGGGCAAUAAAAUAAUUUGAAACCAAGAGUAUCAUUCCUGUAAUGGCUGCUUCCUGGAAGGUCGUGUCACGUGGAACCUCUUAAUCUCAGCAUCCAGAGCUCCAUGAAGGGAAAAUUUCAAGUCAGAUAGAAUUCUAUAUAUACCAUUUCUUUGGAACCUUCAGCCCUCAAGAUUCCAACAUCAUGACCUCAGUUUCAACACAGUUGUCCUUAGUCCUCAUGUCCCUGCUUUUGGUGCUGCCUGUUGUGGAAGUAGUAGAAGCCGGUGAUGCAAUCGCCCUUUUGUUAGGUGUGGUUCUCAGCAUUACAGGCAUUUGUGCCUGUUUGGGGGUAUAUGCACGAAAAAGAAAUGGACGAAUGUGAUUUUGAAAGGCCUACUGAGUCAAACCUUACCUUGAAAACCUUUGUGCUAUAGAGGCUAAACCUGAGCUCUGGUGUGUGAAAGGUUCCAAGAAUCAGUAAAUAAGGGAGUUUCACAUUUUUCAUUGUUUCCAUGAAAUGGGAACAAACAUACAUUUUUAAAU